AAGAGCCGGGCGAGGAAGAGUGUAGUUUCUUUUACUCUCUCUGGUAGUUUCAUGUGUUUAAGACUGAAAUAAUUUACUGAAGGUGAUAAUGGAUGAAGUUACUGGAGCUCAGUUGAUCGCUGAGGCACUUAAAGCUCAGAAUGUGGAGUACAUGUUUGGCAUCGUUGGUGUGCCGAUCAUUGAGGUGGCCAUGGCCGCUCAAGCAGCGGGCAUAAAGUAUGUGGGCAUGCGCAAUGAGCAAGCAGCCUGCUAUGCUGCAUCUGCUAUUGGCUAUUUGACAGGACGCCCAGCUGUUUGUCUGGUGGUUUCUGGACCUGGGCUGAUUCAUGCACUGGGAGGAAUGGCCAAUGCUAAUGUGAACUGCUGGCCUGUCAUUGUCAUUGGCGGCUCCUCUGAUAGGAACCAGGAAACCACAGGAGGGUUUCAAGAGUUUCCUCAGGUUGAAGCUUGUCGUCUGUACAGCAAAUUUUCUGCUCGACCAAGUAGUCUUCAGAUGAUACCAGCUGUGGUUGAAAAAGCUGUAAGAAGCAGUUUUUACGGCCGCCCAGGAGCCUGCUACAUAGACAUUGCUGGAGACAUGGUGAAUGCCAAAACAGACAGAGCCAGUGUCAGGUUUGUUUCCUGUUGUCCUGUUGCCCCUGUGAGUCAAGCUGACAGCAGAGAGGUCACACAAGCUCUGGAGCUGCUCAGGACGGCUCAAAGGCCCUUGAUCAUCAUUGGAAAAGGUGCAGCAUAUGCCAGGGCGGAGAGGGAGGUCAGGGAGUUGGUGGAGGUGUGUGGACUUCCCUUCCUUCCCACACCCAUGGGGAAAGGAGUGCUGCCUGAUGACCACCCAAACUGUGUGGCUGCUGCCAGAUCCAGAGCUCUGUUGCAGGCUGAUGUCGUGGUGCUUCUGGGUGCCAGACUCAACUGGAUCCUGCACUUUGGUUUACCACCCAGAUUCAGUCCCCAUGUAAAGGUUAUUCAGGUGGAUCUGUGUGCUGAAGAGUUGAGUAAUAACGUAAGAGCCGCAUCUGCUCUGAUGGGAGACAUACGAGCUGUGGUCAACCAGCUUUUGGAGACUUUAAGAUCCAAGUCCUGGAAAUUUCCAUCUGAUGCAGAAUGGUGGACAACACUGAGGGAGAAAAUGAAUGCUAAUGCUCGCAUUUCAAAGACUCUUGCUCUUCAGUCAACAGUACCCAUGAACUACUACACGGCCUUCCACCACAUCUCUGAGCUCCUGCCCAAAGACUGCGUCAUAGUGAGUGAAGGCGCUAACACGAUGGACAUCGGCCGUACUAUGCUGUUCAACUACCUCCCAAGACACAGGUUAGAUGCUGGUACUUUUGGCACUAUGGGGGUAGGCCCGGGCUUUGCCAUCGCAGCGGCUGUUUUGGAGCAGACGCAGCAGACGGGACAGCGAGUGGUGUGUGUGGAGGGAGACAGCGCCUUUGGUUUCUCGGGUAUGGAGGUCGAGACCAUGUGCAGGUAUAAACUGCCAAUCAUCAUUAUAGUAAUCAACAACAAUGGCAUCUACAGUGGAGUUGAUCCUGAGACAUGGAAAGAGAUGGAGAAAAUGGGAGACAUGACUACAAUAGCUCCUCCAGUGACCCUGCUGCCAGAAGCGCGGUAUGACCAGGUGAUGAGUGCAUUCGGGGGACACGGGUACCUGGUGCGAACUGUGGAGGAACUGCGUACUGCACUUCAAGACAGUUUAAAAAACACAGAGAUGCCGAGCCUUCUCAACGUGCUUAUAGAUCCAGCGUCAGACCGCAAACAGCAGGAGUUUCCCUGGCUGACGCGUUCAAAUCUUUAAAGGAAUCGGAUGAGAUCUGAAUCUGCUUUACUGUACACUACACUUGAUUUACAGUAACUUACUGUAGGUGACUGAAUUUUCUGUGUUAUAACAACAAAGCGGUGACAGUUCACGAUAAGGUUGUUUUGGUUAACAUCAGGAAAUGCAUUAGCUAACAUGAACUAACAAUGAGCAAUAGAGAUUUUCAGCAUUUAUUAAUCUUUGUUAAUGCUCAUACAAUUGUUCACUUAAGUUUAUUGUGUAUUGACUAAUGUUAACAGUUACAACUUUUGUUUUUAAAAAUGUAUUGGUAAAUGCUGAAAUUAGCAUAAACUAAGAUUAAUAAUUGCUGAUGAAAUGUUGUUUAUUGUUAGUUUAUGUUAGCUAAUGCAUUAACUAAUGCUAACAAAUAAAACUGUAAAUUGUUGCCAUCAAAUCAGUUUCAAUUUUAACAGACUUUUUCACAUGGCUACAGUUGGGUUUUGGAUAUAAAAUAAAAGUUUAUGGGGUGGUUUCCCGGACAGGGAUUAGCUUAAACCAGGACUACAAACAUUUUAACAAACAUGCGUUACUAAAAACAUUACUUCUGUGCAUAUUGAGGCAAAACAAAGGACACUGAUGUAUUUUAAAAUAUUUUGUAUAAGUAAGUAAUGGACAGCUCUUACAUUUAUUUUAGUCUAGCACUAGUCUAAUCCUUGUCCGUAAACCCCCCUAUAUGUUGAUAUUGUAUCCCAUAAAGUAUAAUAAUAGACAAAUAAGUGAUUUACUGAAAUUUCCUAAAUGGUAAAAUUGUUUGUAAAGUGGAAGGUAAAUUUAAGAACCAAUAAUAUUCUUUAACUGGUGCUUCAAUAUUUUUUAUGUAAAUGUUAAAGGAAUAGUCUACUCAUUUUCAAUAUUAAAAUAUGUUAUUACCUUAACUAAGAAGAGUUGAUACAUCCCUCUAUCAUCUGUGUGCGUGCACGUAAGC